CGGCUGCGUCCUCGUCCACUCGCCAUCAGUUUUACGAUCCGCCUGCUAUUGUUCAGAUCGCGAUUUUCCUCGACAUCGCACCCUCAUCGGGCGACUCUUGUGGCAACCCACAGUGCCCUGCGACCACCAUUCACCGGGGCAGCUGUCAUCGAAUGGGCGUUCGUCGUCCUACUCGUAUCCGUUUGAUCGUGGACCCGGUAUCUCGGGGCCAUCACAGUUUCUUUCCCUCUGCGAUUCUCUUGCGACAUGCCGGAACCUGUUCCUGACCAGAUGUGCAGAUCAUCAUCCAUGGACUUUGCUAUCCAUCCGUGCGCAUAACCACAUCUGAUUGCUCUGGCCCAGAGUGUACACGUCGUCGAUAUUGCAACUACAACGACCUUAUUGCCUCGACUUUGCAGUUAACCCUCUUUUCGCUCUUUUAUCUGUCUGUGCGCAUUCAUUCACAAGCAUCCAGACCGGUCGUUGCAAUUUUGCAUGGGUUGCCUCCUACCUUUUGCCUCGGACAUGUUAUACCGCUCUGGUUAAAGGCGGCAGACUUCUCUUCGUGCCCGACGGUUCACCACCAAUUUCCAGGAUAUCGACUGUACCGACCGCUAUUCUCACGAACGUCUUCAGACCACGUCCCCUUACCCUCCGACCCAAAGCAACUCCCUCGAUAUAUAUAUGAUUAAAGACCGGGAUCAAUGCCAUCAUUCGUCACAUGGAGACGAAAUAAUUCCGAGCCUGAAUGGUACUUCUAGAGACUCAAGAAGACAAGAACUGUCGAGUACACGAAAACGACAGAAACACAUUCACUCCUCCCCGUCCGCGCAGAUGAGCGGUGAUGGAGAUCCGUCCGAGACGAAGGCCCACGCUGCCUACGAGGCUUACGACGAUGCCCGAGCUGUUGUGAGGCUGUUCCAAUGCUCGCAAUGUUCCUACCCGCUAAGGGAUCCUAUGACAUUACCUUGCGGCAAUUCUCUCUGCAAGCCAUGUCUCCCACCGCUGUACAAGAGAGAAAACAUCACAUAUCCACUGAUAGACGGGCGGUCGGAGGGGUUUCUGUGUCCAUUCAAGGGCUGUGGAUUGGAGCACUCAGUGGGAGACUGCGGAACAGACGUGACCUUGAACAAGAUCAUGCAUGUCAUUAAGGCUUAUAUUGCCCAACACCAGACAGAGUCACCCAAGGUGUCGCUGUUGCUGGAAGAAAAAUUGGACUGGCCUAGUGUGAGAGAUAGUUCCAUCGACGUCAUGCCCAGGUCACGCGUACUUCAAGGGGGUCGUAUCCUCGCAACAUACGUUCUGGCAGACAUGGGCGAGCUCCACUAUCAGUCCGACGUCGCAUACACGCCAGUCGGCACGAGUAUCGAAGAGAGCACCAUCCGAGAAUUGGAUAUCGCGACAUUGUCAGCCCUGAAAGAGGUGGUGCAAGCUGAGCUGGAAUGCCAGGUGUGUUAUCAAGUCAUGCUCGAUCCCCUGACGACGACCUGUGGGCACACCUUUUGUCGAAAAUGUUUCGCACGCGCAAUGGACCACGCAAACUACUGUCCAAUGUGUCGUCGGCGUCUGCCACUCCUGCCCAGUGUGGUGAGUGAACCGAGUAAUAAGAGAGUCACUUUUUUGCUUCAGCAUCUGCUGAAUGAUCUGUUGGAGGCGAGAAGAGCCGUUGCAGACCAAGAGGACUCUGUUGACGAGGAAGGACACUUGCCCUUGUUCCCUUGCACGCUGGCCUAUCCGCAGAUGCCGACUUUCCUGCAUAUCUUUGAACCGCGGUAUCGAUUAAUGAUCAGAAGGGUUAUGGAUAAUGGUUCCCGGAAGUUUGGCAUGCUGAUGUACCGACCCUACACCCCGCCCUCGGGAGCGCCACAAUACAUGCCAUAUGGCACUGUCCUUUAUGUUGAGCGCUUGGAGAUGCUACCAGAUGGCCGAAGUCUGAUAGAGACUAGAGGACUCUACAAGUUCCGAGUCAUCGAGGCCUCCUUGGUUGAUGGCUAUUUCGUUGGAAAAGUCCAGCGGAUUGGUGACAUUCCUGUGCACGAAGAAGAGAUCAUGGAGUCUCGAGAGACGAGCACAGCCGCACCCCCGGACGCCGAUGAGCAAACGCAACUUCAGCAUCUGUCAACACAACGUCUAUUGGAUAUGUGUCUGGGUUUUGUGGAACAAGCCCGCUCUCAGUCUGCACAGUGGCUCCACCAACGGGUACUGGCAGCUUACGGUCAACCGCCAUCCGAUCCUGCAGUUUUCCCCUAUUGGCUAGCGAGCGUGCUACCUAUAGCACAGACGGAGAAAUACACUCUGUUGCCGGCGACGAGUGUGAGGGAGAGGUUAAAGAUUACAGCCUCGUGGAUACAACGUCUUGAACGCGCUAGGCACGAGUUCAGCGCAGAACAACGGACAACAGCCGCCGGUUCUCGUGAGGACGAACCGGAUCACGAGGGAUGAUGCCUGGCACACUACAAGCGGAGUCGCACCAAAGCCUCACGAUGAAAUUAAGAAGAGUUUUGGGGAAUCGUCGACGGCAUGGCCGACCUUUGCUAUGCAAGAACAAGUUCAAGAAAAACCACUAACUUUUUCUCAACCAAACAGGCAGCACCCUCCCUCAUGUAUUGUGUUAUAGCAUAGCAGUGGCCGGUCGACAUUGGCCUUGUGGUCCUGGAUGUUUUUACGCAUGAUCAUGUCAUGGUCGACUCUUGACGAACAUUUUGGUUAUUAGACCUCAUAUCAUUAGCGAAGGGCAAUGAGCAAGCGAUCUCCGUUUCCUAUGAUCUUUUUCAGGCGUUUGUCAUUGUUGGGGAAUGUUUGGUUGAUGUCGCCUCAGACUCACAAUAUUCCUGUGACUAUUUGUAUAUAUACUCCCUACUAGUUGCGUAUCUUAUGCAUAUAAAUACCACUGGAGGUGGGAAGAAUGAGAGUGAUCAACUUUUGCACA